UCCUGCACCCGUGGUUGGCUGCGCAGGGGGUGGGCGUGGCUGGAAGCCGGCGCUAGGACCCGCCGGAGCGCCGCGGACGUCAUGGAGCGGCGCCUGGGCCUCUGGUUGAGCGCGAGGCGCGAGUGAUCGGUCGGUGGAUUCCCUCGCGGGGACCUGGCCCCGAGUCCGGAAUCGAGGCCGGAGCCGGUACCGGGGAAGAGGAGAAGGACGGGAUUCCCUCAGGGGAAGAAUCCAGCCUGGCAGGAGGUAUCGGGAAGGAUGACCACGCUCACGCGACAGGACCUCAACUUUGGUCAAGGUAGAGAGGCUGGACAUGCGCACCCUGGCGGGGGGCGAGGGAGGACCUGGGCUGGCGGACUUCCCCGAGCGCACUGGGUUCUGCCCCCUCGCAGUGGUGGCCGACGUGCUCUGCGAGUUCCUGGAGGUGGCGGUGCACCUGAUCCUCUACGUGCGUGAGGUUUACCCGGUGGGCAUCUUCCAGAAGCGUAAGAAGUACAACGUGCCUGUCCAGAUGUCCUGUCACCCGGAGCUGAACCAGUAUAUCCAGGACACGUUGCACUGCGUCAAGCCGCUGCUGGAGAAGAACGAUGUGGAGAAAGUGGUGGUAGUCAUCUUGGACAAGGAGCACCGCCCAGUGGAGAAAUUCGUCUUCGAAAUCACGCAGCCUCCGCUGCUGUCCAUCAGCUCAGACUCCCUGCUGUCUCACGUGGAGCAGCUGCUCCGAGCCUUCAUCCUGAAGAUCAGUGUAUGUGAUGCUGUCCUGGACCACAACCCCCCAGGCUGUACCUUCACAGUCUUAGUGCACACGAGAGAAGCUGCCACUCGCAACAUGGAGAAGAUCCAGGUCAUCAAGGACUUCCCCUGGAUCCUGGCAGAUGAGCAGGACGUCCACAUGCAUGACCCCCGACUGAUACCCCUGAAAACCAUGACAUCAGACAUCUUAAAGAUGCAGCUCUACGUGGAAGAGCGAGCUCAUAAAAGCAGCUGAGGGUGUGCCUGCCCACCGUGGAUGCCACAACUGUCGGACUUUGGGGGCCCAGCCUAGGGCAGUGCUGCAGGGUCACUCUGAUUCCAAGUGCUCUUAUUGCCUCUAUGUAUGGACCACCCACCCUCCAGCCCGGGGCUGCUCAGGCUUGGUUGCCUUCAUGGAGGAAUCCUCCCCAGGAGGGCAGGGACAGGUGCUGGGACCUCAAUUUCUCAGCCUCCUGGGAUUCCGCUGGCCAGCGCUGCCUCAAAUACUGUGCUGUGAGUUGUUUCAAUAAAGAGCCCCCAGGGCUGA